AGGAGAGGGGAGGGGAGGGGGAGUUUAGCCGGUCUCUCUUCCCUCUGCUGCAGCGUCCAUGCUGCUGUCCGACGCUCGUCUCGGUGCAUCCCGGUCCUCCGCCGGUGUAGCCCGCCUCCCCUGAAUCCCGGGUUAGCAGACCGGCUCGGACCGGGUCGGCUCGGUCGUAGCGGUUCAGUCCGCCUGGAUCCACCGGAACAGACCCCCAACCACUGCACCCGGGGAGGGGAAGAGGAGAAAGCAUCCAUAGCAACAAUCCGGUUUAACGACAUUAUUGUGAUGGACGGGUGUUGAGGACGCUGGAAGUGUGACUUGAACAUACAUGCACCCCCAAACCAGCUGGAUUACCAGGAAUACAAACCAUCGUGCCAGGUCGAAAGGGGGACUGCUGGGACUAAGUGGCUUGUACCAGGUCUGCACAACAGUGGACUGGGUUUAGAGCCAGGUCGCUGAGGGGACCGCUGGGUCAGUGAGAAGCCAGGAAGGUCACUGUGAGGGCAUGUUGAACAGAGUACCUGGAUUUCCACUUCCACUGACAUGGAUAGAGUCCGUCUAACGUCAUCAAAGUGCCUAAGCGUCCUUUAAGCAAGAACUCGGAUCUCUCUGGAUUGAUGCAUCACUUAAAAUACCCGAAUUUAGGGGUCUUCUAGUGCUGAAAUGACUGAAAGGUUCGAUAAGGAUACCACAAGAUUUACAAAAGCGGUAUCUGAUCUCCAGAAGGAUAGCGGGGCUACAUCUGCUACCUUUUUACUCGUAUUACACCUGGGUUACAGGAACUUAAAUUAAACUAAAAGUACAACUGCAAGGACCAGAUACAGGUUCCAUAAAAACACCUUUUUUAAGGGUCUACUUGUCUUCGUUCUCUUUCAACAGGCCGACUGCACAAGUAGAAGUCUUUAGAAAUUUGCAUUUAUUAGAUUAAAGCUGAAUUUUGAGAUUCUAAAACCACAUUUUGACGACCACAACCAGAUAAUUGUUUAUAAAAAAGGCUUCUGGUUCCACAGUACUCUUGAUGGGAUUAUAAAAACAUAUCCUGGUACUAGAAGACUUAGCAGCUACUGGGUCUACAAGGGAGUCACCAAGCUCAAACUGAAGGUGUUACCGCUGUAACAAGCUAGAAACUGGGUUUAUCUUUUUUUAGAAGAUGACUGUUUUGUAGGAACCGACUCUGUUGAACGCUCCUGGACCAGUAUUCACCAUGUCUUUGAGUAAGACCCUCGAGCUGGAGCACUUUGAGGAACGCGACAAGGUUCGCCGGGGCCGCUCCACCCGCACCAAGAGAGAUGAGUCCAGCGCCGGUGGCGGGGGGUCCGGCCCCAGUUCCCGGGGCAGCAGCCUGGUUCCUAGCCCCGCCCACAGCGCCAACUGCAGCUACUACCGGACCAGGACCCUGCAGGCGCUCACCUCGGAGAAACGGGCCAAAAAGGUCCGCUUCUAUCGCAACGGAGACCGGUACUUCAAGGGUCUGGUGUACGCCGUGUCCAGCGACCGGUUCCGGUCCCACGAUGCGCUGCUGAUGGAGCUGACGCGCUCGCUGGCGGACAACCUGCACCUGCCGCAAGGGGUGCGCACGAUCUACACUUUGGAUGGCAGCAAGAAGAUCACCAGUAUGGACGAGCUGGUGGAAG